AGCAGGUCAAUGCCUUCCUCUCUCGGAUAGCAGUGACCACCAAACACAUGUCCAAAGCAGGACGCACAGACAUGCUCACCCUCUUGGCCAUGCGCUGGAAUCAGCAAAAGACUGACAACUUGGCCACCUCACUGUCCCGCAGAUAUCUGAGAACCACAAAAGCUCUGGAUGCCCAAAAGCGGAACAUGGAGUCCAUGAAGACCGAAUUGGACGUCACGGAGAGCCAGAUGGAGGACUGGGUCAGUGACGUUAAGGAUUGGGCAGACGCAACAACCAUCAACACAACUGAUGUUGCCGCCUUGGCCAGCAGGGUCGAGGUGCUGGUUGCCAGUAUCAAGAGACGGUCGCAGCGUCUCUACAAAGACUGCGACAGUAACAAAGGUCGUGCCAGGAUCCACCGCAAGAUCCGGGACGAGAGGGGGUUCCUGAGUUCUGUGGUGGAGAAGUACAACAGAAUGGUUCCCACAACAGAAACGCUGUGCUUUGAAACCAUUCUGUCUGGAGAGAGAGCUUGGCCAUGGCAGCUACCACACAGUGACUCUGUUGACCUUGGGACCAAGAGGAGAGCAUUUGACCUGGUCAUGGCAGGGAAAAGAAUCCAGGAGGACAAAAUGAUUCUUCAGAGGGAGAUGAAUCAGCACUGGAGGUCUCUGGGAAAUCGUGCUGACUCCCUAAAAGAGCUGUCCUGCCUUGUUUCAAGGGCUACAACAGAACAUUCACCUUUGGGCCUUACUGAGGAAGGGUUGACUGGUCUACAGUGCAUGAUCAAAAAGAAACGGCACUUCAUCACAGAAAUGAUGGCUAACGCGAGACACUGCUACCUACAAGUGUUGACUGCAGCAGACGGAGCACAGAUUAUCAACUCCCAGGACACUUCUGAUGACUACUCGGACAAUGACUCUGACAUUUCGGAUGAUUAAUUUUAACCAAUGGCUAUGCUUUGAUGUAAACCAUUCCAUUGUAGUUCUGGUUGUAUGUUUAGGGUCGUUGCCCUGCUGGAAGGUGAACCUCCCCUCCAGCCUAAGGCCUUUUGCGGACUACAACAGGUGUUCUGCCCUGUAUUUGGCUCCAUCCAUCUUCUCAUCAACUCUGAGCAGCUUCCCUGUCUCUGCUGAAGAAAAGCACCCCCACUGCAUGAUGCUGCCACUGUCGCACUAAAUUUGUACCGGCUGCCAAAUUUGUACCGGGCGCGUCAUCCAUACGUAAUCCAUUCCAAACCUGCCUGUCAGCAGAUGAUCGCGUCGUCCGUUGCCAGGCAGGUUUCAAAAAACAUUCGCGCUCAUGUUGCCAAAGACGAAAUAACAUAAUACAGUUAACGGAUCGCUAGAUAACACUUGUUUUUACUUUAUAUUUGUAUUGUAUUUAAUUGUUUGAUCAAAUUUAGCUCGUAAACUGAGUGUUUAAAGCGGGUUUCAAAAAACAUUCGCGCUCAUGUUGCCAAAGACGAAAUAA